AGCAGCGAAUACGGCGUACGGGGAGACGCUGAUGCGGUCGUGGCGAUCGCAUCUCCACCGUCGGUUCGCCGCCCUUCGGCGCUGCUCCCACGGGAAUGCCGUGCUCGCUCCCUCGCCUUGACGCUUCUUUUACUCUCCCUCCCCACUCCGCGCCCCAAUCCGUCACUUUCGCAUCGAUCUCCGUUUUAAUCCCUCUCCCAAAACCGCGUCUUUUGAUCCGUCUUAUUCUGCCCUCCGUUUGAUCUCCUUGUUCUCUUCGAUCUCUGCGUAUCUUGAUCUUCAAGCUUCUCCCCUCGGUGUGCUUUCUGUGUUCUUCCCAUUUGGAUCCCUAAACCACUCUUUCUAACCCUUGGUUUCCUUUUUCUCUCCCUUAUUUUUUAUAUCGUUCUUUUCGUGGAAGGAAUAUACUGAUUGUUUCUCCUUUGCUUUGCGGGUUUUUGUUCGUCGUUUUCUGUUUUGUUUCUUCGUUUCGGUGGAGGAGAGAGAAGCCGAAGCAAUUGGAGGUUUUGACGCGAAAAUUUGUGUAAGAAGCGGGAGAUCGCCGAUUGGGGUUCUGAUUUCGCGGAGUGCGGCGCCAAGAUUGGAUCUUGAUCGGAGUUCCGGUGAUUCUCCUUUCUGGAGUUCCUCUCCGCCUGCAGCUCGGCGGUUUGCUGGUCUCCGACUGCGUGGCGAAAGGAAAUCAAGAUUCGGGGACUGUUGAUUUCUCGAUACAAUUGUCUUUUGGGGAGAAUUUCUGGAUUUGGGGAUUUGAUUCUGUCUUAUUGGGUUUAAGUGACGGCAGUGACUUGUGAUCCGAUCUGGAUUUGGUUCUUCGGUAGUUUGGAAGGAAUAUAUUGGAUAUUUCGUUUUGUUUCUUUACCGUUCGUUAGUUUUUGGAUCCCUAGUUGCCUCCAAGAAGGUCUCAGGAGGGUUUUCGGUGAGGUUUGAUGCUUCAGUAGCUACGCACGUGUGCUUGUGGUGAGGGAAGGAGUCGAAGAUUCUUAUGGGCUGCGUUUCCUCCAAAGGAACCAAUGAAGACGAUGACGUGCAGUUUCAGCGCCCGCGCCCUAAGACCUCCAAAAAGUCUUUGAAGAGAUUGGUUUCUUCUUCAAGAAGGGAGGAGGCAGGGGUGGCAGAUACGGACGCAAGUGUUGGCAAUGAUGGGAGCACGGCGAGGCUUAUAUCGAAGACACGAGACAAUAUGGUCCCUUCACCACCUUCUUUGGUGCGUGACGCUGGGAAGAAAGUGUUACCAGAGGUUGAGAGGACUGGAAAGGGGGCUGGGCACCAGAGAAGGGCCACAGUUGAUGCUCGGGCAAACGGAGUAGAGCCUACAUCAAUGGUUAUUGGUGCAGGGACAGUGGAGGGAAACAGUAAGGUGAUAUCUCAUGUACCAAAUGGGUUCAAGUUGGAGCAUGUCGCAGCAGGUUGGCCUUCUUGGCUUACAAAUGUUGCUGGGGAAGCGGUAAAAGGGUGGCUGCCUCGAAGAGCAGAUUCCUUUGAGAAAUUACACAAGAUUGGGCAAGGAACUUAUAGUAGUGUAUACAAAGCCCGUGAUCUUGAAACUGGCAAAACUGUGGCACUUAAGAAAGUGCGAUUUGUUAAUGUAGAUCCUGAAAGUGUACGGUUUAUGGCAAGGGAAAUACAUAUUCUUCGUAGACUUGAUCAUCCAAAUGUUGUUAAACUCGAAGCUCUUGUUACAUCAAAAAUGUCAUGUAGCUUGUAUCUUGUUUUUGAAUAUAUGGAGCACGAUCUUGCUGGACUUGUAGCAAUCCCUGGCAUCAAGUUUACUGAGCCACAGGUUAAAUGCUAUAUGCAGCAGCUGCUCCAUGGGCUUGAGCAUUGCCAUAUGAAGGGUGUCCUUCAUCGAGAUAUCAAGGGCGCAAAUCUUUUGAUUGACAAUAAUGGGAUCCUGAAAAUAGCAGACUUUGGACUAGCUACAAUUUAUAAUCCUGACAACAAGCAGCACUUAACAAGUCGUGUGGUAACACUGUGGUAUCGUCCUCCUGAGCUCUUGUUGGGUGCUACAGAGUAUGGUGUUUCUGUUGAUUUGUGGAGUACUGGUUGCAUUCUUGCAGAAUUGCUUUCUGGGAGGCCUAUUAUGCCAGGAAGAACUGAGGUGGAGCAAUUGCAUAAGAUAUUCAAGUUAUGUGGUUCACCCUCAGAGGAGUUUUGGAGGACAUCAAAGUUACCCCAUGCUACCUCCUUUAAACCACAACAACCAUACCUACGCCGUGUUAGAGAGACAUUCAAGGAUUUUCCUCCUCCAGCUCUAGCUCUUCUGGAUCAUUUACUGUCAGUAGAUCCAGCAAACCGUGGAACAGCAACAUCUGCUCUCGAGAGUGAGUUCUUCACUACAAAGCCUUUUGCUUGUGACCCCUCAAGUUUGCCGAAAUUUCCUCCAAGCAAGGAAUAUGAUGCUAAACUUCGGAAUGAGGAAGCUAGAAGGCAAAGAGCAGCAGCUAUGAAGGGCCAUGGAGUUGAAAACGGAAAUAGAAAAGAAAUGCCUGUUCCUGAUGGAAACAUGGAGCCACAGACACGGAAGAUACAUGGAAGUCACAGAAUUGGCAGUGACAAAUACAAAUCAAGAGAGGAGGUCUCGUCAGGUCUCCAAAUGGAUCUCUCUAGAGGAACAGCAGAGAAUGGUUUCCUUCAUAGUGGUCCUUUGAUGCACUCUGGUCGUUUGUCUACUACGGGACUACCCAUUGGCCCAGAAAUGAAAACACAUGUAUUACCUCACGGCAGGACAGCAGACUUGCCCAUCACAUCAGGUCCAGUGGUUGCAAGAAGCAAUACUGCAAGGUUGGACCGUAGGCAGAGCGCGAAGCACAUGCAUAUGCCAGGGAAUCAAGCAAGCUCCAAAUACUUCCAUCGUGAUAUUGCUGAUUCAUCUAAGCAAGAGUGGACUCACCACUUGCUGGAUGGCCCUUCUGCUUCUCAUAGGAAGGAUGACAGAACGGGAGACAAGGAAUCAACAAUUGGGCAUGGACCUAAGAAGAACCGUAUUCAUUAUUCUGGACCUUUGAUGCCUCCAGGGGGCAACAUAGAAGAGAUGCUCAAAGAGCAUGAGCAACAAAUCCAGCAGGUUGUACGCAGAGCACGCCACGACAGAACCAAGCCCAGGAACCAUGGAGACCGAGCUCAGCUCGAAGCCUUACUGUGCGCUAGCAGGAACGGCAGGUCAGAUCACUAGGCGACUUCGAACUUAUGUUUUAUUUUAUCUUGAGGGGAGGACACGAUUGGACCAAGUGGUGAAGCACAUGAUUGCCAAAGCGUUGUGUAAAGAUCUGACGAUGCGGACCAAUUGUUAACAUGUGACUGGUUUGGAAGCAUGGGUUCCUGAUUGUUUUGAUAUCUGAUGGCCUCUCAGAAGGAGAUUGUGUUUUAGCAUCAGUUUUAGAUGGAUUCAACACUGGUGGCUUUAGCUGCUCAGUCUGUAGGUGAAACCCAUCGGAUGACCAUCAACUGUAUAUAUGAUCAAGGAGCUAUAUUUAUGGUUUUCUUGGGCAACUUUUCCCCCCAUCCUACACAAAAACAAAAAAAACAAAAACAAAAAGAAAACCAUCCUAUCUGUAAGUCUUUGUACUGAAUUUAUAUUUGAGCACAGAAAUUUGAAUCUCAGAUUUGAGACCA